CCGCGGGGCUGCGGCGAUCCGGCGGGAACCGCUAAGGCGGCGCUGACGUCACCCACACCGACGUAACAGCGACAGCUCCGUGCGACACGAGUCCGGGCGGGGCGAACCAGCGGGGCCCGUACCGACGCAUCCCGAGUCCCGGCCCGCCUCGGGAGCUGAGGUGUCCGUGUCCUCUGUCACCCAGCGCAGCCCCUUCGGCCUCCGGUGGCGCCGUGCGGUGCCGAAGCGGGGGUUCCGGGGGCCAUGGUACAGCUGUACAACCUGCACCCAUUCGGGUCGCAGCGAGUGGUGCCCUGCAAGCAGGAACCGGCGCACUUCUGCUGCGGCCGCGACGUGCUCUUCGUGGCCGGCACGGCGGCCAGCUGCCGGGUUGAGGUAUUCGCCGUGCGGGACCAGGGCCGUUGCGAGCCCCUGGGCUCCUUCGCCACGCUGGGCCCCGUGUUGCGCAUGGCGCACAGCCGGGCAGGAGACUAUCUGGUGACAAUUGAAGAAAAAAGCAAAGCAACUUUCCUAAGAGCGUAUAUGAACUGGAGAUGCAUGUCUGCUGGGAGUUCCCGUGUCUGUGUUCGGAUGGUUGGUCACAAGAUGGAAGAGUCAUACAGUGAAACCUUAAAAGAGCAGAUGUCGAUUGUGGAAAUGCCACUUUCAGAUCCACCGCUAUGCAUUUCAUGUUGUCCUGUAACUGGAGAUCUUCUUGUUGGCUGCAAAAAUAAACUAGUCAUGUUCUGUUUGAAAUACUUGGUCAUAAACCAGAAUUUGACUGUGUUAGACUUUGAACGCUCCUUAAUUUUACAUAUUGAUAACCUCAUUCCUGCUGAAGUUGCAUUUUGUUCCAAACAUAUAGCCAUAACGACAGAGCUGGAUGUUCUGAUCUUGAAACUGGAACUGGUCCAGCAAAGUGCAGACAGGACUGAGCAAUGUACACAUGGAAUUAGUGCACUAGAAAAGCCUGUGGACAGAGGUGGGACAGACAAAGACCCAUUAACACAGAGUUUGCAGCUUGAAGUAGAUGAGUUUGUUAUAUGUCAGAAGCCAUUGGAACUGCUUGGGGAAGAAAGUAAGCUAUGUGAGAUACCCAUCACACUGGAAUCCACAGAGUUACCUACAGAAGAUACAAAGCGCUUCCAAGUGCGCUAUCUGCUUUUCAGGCGUUUUACACCGGACCAGUCCCCUUUUGGGUUUUGUGAAGAGACCAAGUUGCACUCUCUUCAGCUGCUUCCUGUAUACCAGACAGGAAAUUCCGUGACAGCCCAUGAGGAAAUUGAAAACGAGACAGAACUACUGAGUCUCUUUUGCUUUUUCUCUUUACCUCAUGUUGGAUAUCUCUACUCUGUUGGGAAGCUAAUAGAGCUGAUUUCUACUUAUCAAUAUUCAGAGAAGUCAGAACAGGCAGUUCUCACUCCACAAUUCCUGCAUGUCAUUACGAGUGAGAAGCUGCAGUGUUUCACAGUGCGGUGCAGUGCAGCAGCAGCUCGUGAUGAGGAUCCCUAUAUUGACACAACUGUGAAGGCUUGUCCGCCUGUCGCAUUAAGUGUCUGCGCGUUAAGAAUGCAACUUUUUAUAGGACCAAGAGUUAUCUGUCAUUUCAAAAACCAUAUAAUUCUUCUGACUAAGGCAGACACAGAAGACAUUACUGAAAGAAGAAAGCCUUCGAGAAGGAUGCUUUCCAGAAAGGCUGACAGCAUCAAAUCAAGAACAAAUUCUGAAUCAGAGCCUGGUUGGAAUUUAUAUAUUAUAAACACUGUUUCAACUAUUCAGCUUUAUAGAGAAAUGGUAGAUUACAGUAGAACUUACGAAAAUGUGAAAACAGAGAGUUGCAUCCAUCUUCUAAGUGAGGCUCACUUACUCCUCAGAGCAGCUAUAAUGGACCCUAGUUUCCUUAAAGCAGAUGAGAAAGAAGAAAUUCUAAGAGCAUUCAGAGAAAGUUGUGCCCUUUUAGGAGACUGCUACAGCAGGUUUGACACAAAGGAUUACCACCUUGCUUUGCCAUACUACAGAAUGUCAGGUUUAUCCAUGACUGAAGUUUUAAAGAGACUAGCUUCAGAGGGUGAUGAAAUACAGACAUACGAGAAAGGAUUUCUAUUUUACUUGACUCACUCUCUUAAUGAAGAAUUAAAUGAAGAAUUAAGCAAGGAAUCAGCAAAUCAAGUUCUCCGAAUAUUCUACCUUGCUGACCCUGAGCAGCUGCCUCACAUCCUCUGCAGUCCCUGCAUGAGGAACGUUUGUCCAUCAACGGCUGUGGAGUAUCUUCAGAAAGUAGAGAAGAUGAUGCCAUCAGUGGUCCUAACACUUGCUACAGCUUUCAUGGCUCUGAAAAUGGGAGACCUGAUCAUGUACGAACAUGAGAUGGACUCUUAUAAGGAGGCAGCUCUGACUUGUGGCUUUAUUGGGCAACCAAAACUCUUGAGACAGCAUAAGGAAGGGGUUGUUAUUCCAACGGAGUUUGCUGUUCAUCUGAAGGAGACCCAGCCUGGUUUACUGGUGGCUGCCAUUGUGGCUUUACAUGAGAACAGCAAAAUUGAACUGGAAGAAGCAGAUACCUUUUUCAAGAUGUUGUGUAGUAACAGUGAAAACAAUAUUCCUCAGCUCUUGGUAGAUUUCUGGGAAGCUCUUCUUGUAGUGUGCUCUCAGGAAGAAAUUCUUCAGGAGCUUUUAUUGAGGAUUACUUCUCAGUAUGUUUGGAGAAUAUCAAAGAAACAACAUCCUGAGACUAAGCCAUUGAAAACAACAGAAGAUCUGAUAAACUCCUGUAAUCAUUUUGGGUUGAUUUUCCCAUGGGUAACUUCAAUAAUGUCAGCAGGCUCUCCAUCAGAUGAAGAUUACCAUGAAGAUAUCUCAAAACUACAGUCUCUUUUAUGUAGUCAUUCAAUCAAUAUAGCUUCAGCUCUGCCUGUCCUGGAGCCUCUGAGUGAGGCUGGCAACAUCGGCCUCACCAUCCAUGUUCUCUGCAGUACCAGUCUAGGCAAGCAUGAGGAAGCCAUUGACCAGCUGCUCCAAAGGUGUCCCGAUGCAGCUGUACAGUAUGCUCAGCACGAGCUGAAAGGUGACAGUCGGCCUGUGUGGUGGAACAAGCUGCUUCCUGAGCUUUGCAAGAGAACCAGACUUACUGGAAAUGAUUGUCCUGUUCUUAUUUCAUCACUGAAAGAAACUUUAUCAGUUGUUGCAAUGGAACUGGAACUAAGGGAUUUUCUCAGUCUUCUACCAGAAGAUGGAACUGCAGCUUUCUUCCUGCCAUAUCUUCUCCACUGCAGCCAGAGGAAGCUGCUGACCUAAAACAACAGAAGUCUUAUGCACCCAAAUACAAAGAAUAUACUGGGACAAAAAAGUGAAUUAAAGAAAUAGAACUACUUCUAAGCUAUUGAGGGACUCCCCUCUCAUAAAUCACCUUAAUUCUCUGUUGAAACCUUAUGACAGCUGUUGAGGGACAGCUAUUGUGUGAGGCAAAGCAUUUGUUUUAAAGGUAAUACUGUUUUACCUUUACAAACACCAGCAAACCAGAAUUCCUGCCAGGUAGAGCUGACUGAUAGAAACAUAAUUAUUCAGCUGCUAAGUGGGAUCAUGGAUCUUUCUCAAUGAGGGUGAAUUUACGACCAAAGCAUCUAGAAAAUACAUUACAGUUGGACGUGCGGUGGUCACUGAAAGUAAAGUAGGGGGUGAGUCUUAAUUCUGUGUUACUUUGGAUUACUCAACUAGGGAAGAGUUGAAGCUCAGGCUCAUAUCUUACCUGUAUGAGUAAAAGUAAGUGCCUUACUCUUUCAGGUGAAUUAUUUUGUUUUGCAACAUACACAUUCCCUUGAAGUC